AUGACAUCAACAGCAGCUUUGCCUUCAUCUUCUUCCAUGACUACGAAUCCACAUGAAAGUCAAGAAAAAUUGUUUUAUAAUGAAUUAGGCAAGUAUAUUGAUUCCUUGAGCGAAAAUUUUAAAAAAAAGUGCGUAAUAAAAAAAGAAAUUUACGAUAAUAUUACUAAAGUAUUAACGCUAGAAAAGGGUAAGUCAUCAGUUUCAUUAUCUUCACAGUUCGUUUAUUGGGCAUGUCAGAAUUUUGUUUUGUCGAAAAUUGCGGGUAACGAUAUUGUAUGCUGUGCUAAAGCUAAGAAGCCUGUUUGUAUUUUUGAAUCGUUUUACAAUGUAAUCGGUGAAUGUCAUAAUAAUAUAUCACACGGUGGUCGACAUAAAACAGUUUAUGAAAUAAAUUCUCACUAUUCUUGGUUACCUCGUUUUGCUGUUGACAUUUUCGUGAAACAAUGUUUACCAUGUCAGUUACAUAAACCAGUUAAACAUCAUGUUGUAUCAAAACCCAUUAUUUCUUUGGGUGUAAUGACACGUUUACAAAUUAAUUUGGUAGAUAUGCGCACCAGACCAGACAAAGUUUCAGAAAAUGUUGUUUAUAAUUGGAUUCUUAAUUGCAUAGAUCAUUAUUCCAAAUUUUGUUGA